ACAACACAACGAGGGGCCGAGGAAAAAGCAGCAGAAAACUCAGCAGCAGCCGCCCGCUCAUAAAUCCGUCGAGGGAAAACUUAAUUAAUUAAAAUAAUUACCAACCAAAUUACACUCCUAUAAAUUAAAUUAAAUCCCGUUCGGUCUAAUUAAAUCGUUCCAAAAAUCACUGCUUUCAUUUAAAUCCGAUUUAAAUGGAAUUCUAGCGAUUUGUAUAAAUUACAUAAAAAGUGUUGCGGCUCUCUCUUGGCAAUUUUCACGCGCCGAUGAAAAUUCGCAAAAGAUCUGUAUUAAAUCAUCAAUAAAAAUAGCGAAACUAACGGUACCAUGAGCCCAGCUGUUUGAAAGCCGCAACAAAAACAGCAAACCAAACCAAAAACUAUAAAACAACACGCACCAAAUCACAGAGAUACAACAAAAAAAAGCAACAACCAUAGGCAUUGCUCAUAAUUAAUAUGUACGAGAAAACAUUAAACAUAGGAACUGCAAAAGUUAAUAAUGCAUAUGAAUGGCAAAAAGUGAGAUACAACAACAAACCGCAACCAACAACAACAUCAGUUAAAGUCAAGCAACAACCACAACCGAUACAAAAGCAAAAAAAUGCAACAACAAAAGUCGCGCCAACAACAACCACAGCGCCACCGUUAACCGGCAACAGCAUUACCGUUAAGCAAGGGCCAAAAAUCAAAUUCGUUGGCAACGCGGCGCGCCGGCAAUCGUUGGCGCAUCAAAUAAAGCGAGCACAUCGCCACUUACUGACCAGCGGCGGUCAGGACAAACAGCCGCAGCAAAAGCAGAAAACACAAGUGCAGCCGUCUGGCAAAACAGUUGCCAAACCGAAACAGCGGUCGAAACAGUUGUUAAAGGGAGAUAAAAAGUCAAAACAGCAGCAGCCGAGAAAGACCAGGAGGAAAACCCGUGCGGACUCGCAAUCUUCUGGCCUUUCAUCCCGCUGGUGUUCCAUCGAGGAGCAGCUGAACCUCCUCGACGAUCUGCUCUACUACUGCGAUGAGGAGGCGGAAUUGUAUCUAGCACAGCUGUACGAAAGGUUCGAUAGCCUCCGGCGCAGCAGGAGCAACAGUUGCAGUUCCUCCCCGGCCAGCGAUUUCUGGAGCGACGAAUCGGACAUGGAGCACCACGACGACUCCAGCACCAGUGGCACUGGCAGCCACAGCAGCCUGGUUCCCGCCUCGCUGAAGCGUCGUGGCCACCAGCAUCAUCCGCGCUUCUCCGGCACCCGCCGCCCCAAUGUGCCCAAUGUCCAGGAGAUCCUGGCCGCCCUCUAUCGCGGCGACUCCAAGAGCGCCCUCUCCAAUCUCAGGGGUGAAACGCAACCAGCAGCAGCGCCGGAGGAAGAGGCACCUGUGCUGCCCCCCAGCAGGAGCACUUUGAGCCUGCCUCUAAGCGAAUCGGUGACCAAUUCGCUGGGCAGCAACAGUCCCACGCCCACGGACGAGAGCAGCGUGCAGGAUGAGGGUGCCAGCGUCUCCGUAGCCGAAGGAGCAGCCCCUCCGGCAGUUACAACCACAACGUCCUCCGCCAAGAGCAAGAAAAAGAAGCGGGAAAAGUCGGAGAAAUCAGAGAAGUCGGAGAAAUCGGAGAAGAAGAAAAAGUCGUCCGGCAAAAAGGAGCGCAGCAAGCGGUCCAAUCCCAUGGAGAUGAGCAGCGACAGCCUGGCCACGGACAUCAGUGGCGGUGCGAUCGACGAGGGCAUCGCUUUGGCGGAUGACGAUGACAGCCAGGCGGCCGAGUGGUCCAAAUUAAGAUGCACCAGCGAGGCGGCCGAGAUUGUGGCGGAGCGGGAGGCGCGAAGGAACAAGGGACGCUGCGCAGAUUAUCCGGGAUUGGCCUUUGGCAGAUCCAUCUUCAGUUCGGACACCAUGAUGAAGUUCAACAUCAUACGGAACGAGCUGCACAACAUCAUGAACACACAACUCAAGCGGGCCGAAUCCGAGGUUGCCGCUCUGAACCGUCGCAUCCAGUUGCUCGAAGAAGACUUGGAGCGCUCUGAGGAGCGUCUGGGCUCCGCCACAGCCAAGCUGUCGGAAGCCUCUCAGGCCGCCGAUGAGAGCGAACGGAUACGAAAAGCGCUUGAGAAUCGCACAAAUAUGGAAGAUGACAAAGUAGCUCUCUUGGAGAACCAAUUAGCACAAGCAAAAUUAAUUGCAGAAGAAGCUGAUAAGAAAUACGAAGAGGUUGCCAGAAAACUCGUGCUCAUGGAACAGGAUCUGGAGCGUUCCGAGGAGAAGGUCGAGCUCAGCGAAAGCAAAAUUGUGGAGCUUGAGGAGGAGCUGCGCGUGGUUGGCAACAACCUGAAGUCCCUGGAAGUCUCUGAGGAGAAGGCCAACCAACGUGAGGAGGAGUACAAGAACCAGAUCAAGACCCUGAACACUCGUCUAAAGGAGGCUGAGGCUCGUGCUGAGUUCGCUGAACGUUCCGUUCAGAAGUUGCAGAAGGAAGUCGACAGGCUCGAAGAUGACCUGCUCAACGUGCGGGGCAAGAACAAACUGCUGCAGGAGGAAAUGGAGGCCACCUUACAUGACAUACAGAACAUGUAAACAUCUAAUUUGCUUAUGUGAAUUAACUAAACUGCCUGCUUUGACGUCAAACAAAACAACAACACCCACGCACACAAAACUGGCGCUUUCCAUAUUUAAAUACUAGAGAACACAUCUCCACAACACCCACGCCACGCCCACCACCCACACGAGACAAGAUCCAAGGACGCCGAGUGUCUUCCAUGCGGAUGCGAAAGCCAUCUUCGAACGCCAAGCAACGGGAGAGUUAAUCAAAACUAGCGUUAAACACACUCUAAACAUAAACAUAAACUCAAUGAAAAGCAGACGGACGGAAGGGCAGAAACUAAAGCAAAACAUUCUCGUAGCAAGCGCAUUCCAUAUACGAUUUCCAAAUCCAUUUCGAUUUUUUCGAUUGACUGGCAGCUAGCGCCAUUUUACUAAACUGUUGCAAUACAAUUUCGUUGAAUCAAAUCAAAUUUAAUUGUAGCCUUGAUUUUACCAUUUUACCAUUGCUUUUGCUACCCCUUACCUUGUUUUGUUUUACUUUAAAUACCUUAAAUUAUACUUGUACUUUUGUAUUUGAUGAGACGAUGACAACUUGGACAAAACACGCAUUGCCGCCUUCUUUUUAGUUUACGUGUAUUAAAAUAGAGAGACAAACAAUCGCUGUUAUUUAUAUUUAAAGAGUAAAUUCUAUGCUAAAACUUUGUAUUUUGUCGCCAGCUUAACUGUAUUAAUAAUAUGCUAAUGUUUACCUUGUUUAUACAUUAUUUAAACAAAUUGUCGUGUUUGCAAAACGUUGUGUAAUAUUUGCCUACUUUUAAGUUGCCGCCACGCCUACCAAUCAACACCAACUACUACUCUUUCGAUAGAGAUUCCAAAACGAAAAGAAAAACAAAGACAAAAGACAUUUAGCUGAAGCACUUCAUUCCAGACCUUUUAUUUAAAAAAUAAAACGAAAACCAAUUUCCAUACACUAA